AUGCUUCUCCCCACCCUCGCCGUUUCGGCGGCGCUGCUACACGCGGCAAGGGCGCAGGGCUCGACCAGCUACUCGCUGAACACGACAACUUGUCCUGGUUACGAACUUACGGAUGUUCAAGAAAACGAGAGUGGUCUGACCGCUUCGCUCUCUCUGGCAGGAGAGCCUUGCAAUGCGUACGGGGUCGAUAUCGCGAAUCUCACCGUACUUGUCACCUACGAGACGGCGGAACGGCUCCAUGUCUCUAUAUCCGACACGGACCAGCAGCAAUUCACGCUCCCACGAGAGUACUUUCCGCGCCCCACGAACGAGACGACGGUCAAGGAAUCCUCGGACCUGUCGUUCAACUACGAGUCUACCCCUUUCGCGUUCUGGAUCACCAGAGCCAGCAACGGCGACGUCCUCUUUGACACGCGCAACACUUCCCUUCCCACGGCGUCAACGAGUACUCUCACCGGAGAGCCUUUGAACGGAGUUAAGCUGGUCUUUGAGGACCAGUACUUGGAGUUGACCUCAGCAUUACCCAGGGAUGCGAACAUCUACGGUCUUGGGGAGGCAGUCGCCACCUCCGGGUUUCGACGCGACGUGAUCAACAACGGCACACUACAGACGAUGUGGGCCCGCGACAUCCAAGACCCGGAAAACGAGAAUAUGUAUGGCAUGCACAACAUCUACAUGGAACACCGCAUCGAAAAUAGCACGGGUGAAUCCGCUGCUCACGGUGUUUUCCUUUCAUCCAGUGCGGGAGCGGAUGUUCUCCUCACUACGCCAGUCGGCUCGAAUACGUCACUUGUGCAGUACCGCAUGCUGGGCGGAACUUUCGACUUCUACUUCUUCUCCGGGCCGACACCGCUCGCUGUUGUGGAGCAGUAUGGGCAGUUCGUUGGCACACCCGCCUGGAUACCCUAUUGGUCUCUCGGCUUCCACCUCUGCAGGUGGGGAUACGUCAAUAUCAGCGAGACACGGGAUGUUGUCCAAUCAAUGCGCGAUGCCGGUGUCCCGCUGGAAGUCAUGUGGAAUGAUAUCGACCUGUACCACGACUUGCGCGACUUCACCUCUGAUCCCGAGAGGUUCCCUCCGGAGGACAUGAGGGUGUUCACGCAGGAACUGGCCGCAAAUGGGCAACACUACAUCCCCAUACUUGAUGCAGCCGUUCCGCACACGGCGAACGACACAGACUUCUACUAUCCGUUCAUUCAAGGCCUGGCGCAAGGCAACUUCAUCAAUAACCCAGACAACACGACCUAUAUUGGCCAAGUCUGGCCGGGGUAUACAGUCUUCCCCGACUGGUUUGCGCCUUCAGUCGAAGAUUGGUGGGCCGAGGCGAUCGCCAACUGGAGUGCAAGCGGCGUCGGAUUCUCUGGGUUGUGGCUUGACAUGAACGAGCCCAGCUCGUUCUGUCAGGGUUCCUGCGGCACCACUGGCAACCUGUCGGAUACCUCGCAGCCAAUCCCGUUCCCUGGUGAUCCGGGGCAAGAAGUAACAGACUGGCCUGAGGGAUACGACGUAGAUCGUUGGGGUACGAGCGGUAACGCCACUAUCAAUGGCACUUCCACGUUCAGCGACGACAACUCGACGGCGCUAGUUGCUCGCAGCAUCUUUGGAAAGCGAGCAAUAGAAAACCGCGAUCUAAACUCGCCUCCUUACGCCAUCCACAAUGGAUACGGCGAUCUAUCUGUGCAUACCGUUGCAACGAACGCGACGCACGCCAAUGGAUUUGCAGAGCUCGAUGUGCACAAUCUCUUCGGGUACAUGGAAGAGCGAGCUACCCAUCUAGCACUGUUGAAGAACAACCCAUCGCAGCGGCCCUUCCUGAUCUCUCGCUCGACAUUCCCUGGCACGGGGCACUGGUCCGGUCACUGGCUUGGCGACAACUUCGCGAAAUGGACGUAUCUCCGGUAUAGCAUUCAGGGUGUCCUUCAGUUUCAGCUGUUUGGCAUCCCUAUGGUUGGCGCAGAUACGUGCGGGUUCAUCGGUAACACAGAUGAGGAACUCUGCACUAGAUGGCAAGAGCUGUCGGCGUUCUACCCAUUCUACCGCAAUCACAAUCAACGUGGGGCAAUCUCGCAAGAGCCAUAUCGCUGGGACGGAGUUGCGGAGGCGACGAAGACAGCUAUCAGUGCUCGUUACGCCAUGCUACCCUACUGGUAUACACUCUUUGCCAAUGCUUCAACUCGCGCGUCGCCUCCCGUUCGUGCGCUGUUCUGGGAGUUCCCAGACGAACUGGAGCUUUUGACCGUCGACCUCCAGUUCAUGAUCGGCCGCGACAUACUGGUAUCACCUGUCACGGCGCCGAAUGUAUCUACAGUAGAUGCAUACUUCCCGGGCUCGAAAAACACGACAUGGCGCGAUUGGUACACGCACGAGCAAGUCGAGACUGUAUCGGGUACCACCACAACGCUCUCCGCGCCCUUAAGCCACAUCCCAGUUCACGUCCGCUCAGGAUCAAUCCUCCUUCUGCACGCUCAUCCUGGCUACACGACGAACGAGACGCGUUCUCGGCCCUACUCCCUCCUCGUCUCACUCGACGUCAAUGGGCAAGCAUUCGGGACAGCAUACAUCGAUGACGGCGAGUCGAACCCCGACUCAAACGGCUUCAUCUCGAACCGCACGAUCACGUUCUCCGUCGCCAACAACUCGCUUAGCUGGGUCGCGGCGGGCGACUACAACGUUGAACAGCCGAUCGAAAGCGUCACUGUACUUGGAGUGGUCUCCGAAGUAGCGAAUGUCACCAUCCCCGAUGCCCAGGUCACAUACGAUACGAAUGUACAACGAGUCAACUUCACAAACCUGUCUGUAUCUCUCAGUGAUGAUGGAGGGUUCAACUGGGCGUGA